AUGCAUUCGUUUGUCCCCGUGUCGCUUGUGGCGACUGCUACUCUCUUUUCUGCUGUGCAGGGAAUCAACAUCCUCGAACCUGCCGAUGGCGAGACCGUCUACGCAUCCCAGGGAUUCGACGUCGUCUGGACCUACGACUCAUCCGACUUCACCAACUGGGAGAUUGAGCUUGCCAACCCGACACCCGGCGCACUUUUGGCCACCAAUGUCAUCCAGCCCUCGCUCGCCAGCGGCGCCACUUCCACCUUUACCUAUCAUAUAGCAGCCUUCACUGGCGUCGCUGAUGGAGACAACUACCAUGUUGUCAUGGACCCGAGGAACGGAGGAAUCGGCUCAUACCCGGAGUCAGGCGCAUUCACUAUUGUGAACGGCGCAAGUGGUACGACGACGACCUCUUCGACUAACCCGACGCCUACUUCUUCUUCUUCUUCUUCGUCAUCGUCAUCGUCGCCGUCGUCCUCUUCUUCUUCCUCUUCCUCCAGCUCAACCAGUACUAGUGCCACCCCUCCCCCAUCACAGACCAGUACCACUAGCAGUCCCUCUAUAUCAACACCAAGCUCUUCAUACAGCAGCAGUCACUUACCAAGCACAGCAUCUUCAUCUUCAUCUUCAACUUCAACUUCAACAUCCACUUCGGAAAGCACAACACUCUCCGUCUCAACCACCUCAACCCUUAUACCCACCACGGGCUUAAACAGCACCAUCGUCAGCGCCAGCACCAGCUUCUCAACCUACACAUCCGGCACCGUGUCGAGUGUAAUUCCACAGUCAACCAUCUACAAGACCACCGUCGUCGGACCCAGUUCGACCACCUCAUCAUCAUCGACGGGCACGGAAUCGGCCACUUCGUCGCCGACCAUUGCGCUAGCAGCGGGUGGCAAGGCUGUUUCGCCCUUGGGAUUGGUGUCUGGUGUUGUUGGGGCGGUUCUAGGAUUGUUUAUGCUUUAA